CAUCGGAACAUCCUCAACAAUUUUCCCACACCACGCAAUUGACAACAUAAUGGCUUCAUUCGAUAUUCCAUACCUCGAGAAAGCUCUCGCAAAGGUGGGCAUCCACGUCCAGACGGACAAUGCCGCCGCCAGUACCUUGUUGAUUGGUGCGUUUGUGCUAUCGGCAUACUACAUUGCCAGCCCAUUCAUCAGCUACAUCAGGCUACUUUUGAGCUUGUUCGUACUGCCAGGAACAUCCCUCUCCAAGUUUGGCAAGAAAGGCUCAUGGGCCGUGAUCACCGGUGCCUCCGAUGGCAUCGGCAAAGAAUACGCCCUACAAAUUGCCCGCAAGGGCUUCAACAUCGUCCUCAUCUCGCGUACUCAGUCCAAGCUCACUGCUCUUGCCGAAGAGAUAUCCUCGAAAUACAAAGUGGAGACUAAGACUCUCGCCAUGGAUUUCAGUGCGAAUCUUGACGUUGAUUUCGACCAGAUGCGUGCCUUGCUCGACGGGCUGGAUGUUGCAAUCUUGAUAAACAAUGUGGGACAGAGUCACUCGAUUCCAGUGACAUUUGCGGAGACGAGCCAGAAGGAAAUGAAGGACAUCAUCACCAUCAACUGCAUGGGCACCCUGCGCACGACCCAGAUUGUUGUUCCAGGUAUGAUCCAGCGCAAGAGAGGCAUGAUCUUGACAAUGGCAUCCUUCGGUGGUCUUUCUCCUACUCCCCUCUUAGCAACGUACUCUGGCAGCAAGGCGUUCUUGCAGCAGUGGUCCUCGGCGCUAGGAUCGGAGCUUGCGCCGAAGGGUGUGCAUGUCCAGCUUGUGCAGUCAUACCUGGUAACAUCUGCCAUGUCCAAGAUUCGCCGCGCAAGUGCGAUGAUCCCGACACCUAAAGACUUCGUGAGAGCGGCGCUCGGUAUGAUUGGAAGGAGUGGUGGCGCGCAAGGUGUGGCGUUCACGAGUACUCCUUACUGGAGCCAUGGGAUCAUGCAUUGGGCCAUGACUACGUUUCUGGGAACACACAACAGGUUCUUGAUUGAUCAGAACAAGGCGAUGCACGAGUCGAUCCGCAAGAGGGCCUUGAGGAAGGCUGAGAGGGAUGCGAAGAAGCAGUAAUUGCAAGUGUUACAUGAUGAGAGAUAGGAGGUAAUAUGAAGAUGGAAUCCCUAGAUAGACGUGCGAGGUUGCGUACAUGAGAGCCUCCGUAAAAUGUAAUACGCCGUAGUACACCACCGAUGCGUUCGCUAAUGCAAUGACUUUUACAUGAGUGCCUACUACUCCGCAUCGGCCUUCUUUUUCUUCUUCUUUUUCUUCUCGCCUCCAUCUUCAUCCCGCUUUCGUUUCUUCUCCUUCUUGGGCAGAUCCUCCUUUGGUACCUCAAAUUCUUUCUGUCGCUCCCUCUUCUUUGCCUCCUGCUUCUCGCGCAUCUUCUCUUCCCUCUU